UUAAAAAGUAGCUUUUAUUGUUCGAGAUAAACUGUGAAUAACUAACAACUUACCAAAUGGUACACAAAAAUAGAAAUUGCAAAGUUUAAUUGCCGAAAUUAUUGAUUCCGGUGUAAGUUGUCGUCUAUGUUUACAUCUAAAAAGCUGUUUACAAAAUAAUUUCAUUCAAUUGAAUAUUGUAUGUUUUCAUGAUCAACAAAGAAAGAAAAAGCUUUUCAUUCAGGUAAAGCAUAUAAGUAUUUGACGAAAGUGAGUUCCGUUUAAAAGAAUUACACAUUUUAGUAAAAAUUCACUGGGUAGAAUGCAGCCGAAAUUCAAAUCAUCUGAAGAGUGUUAAUUUCCUGUCGUGCUGGCUACGCGUGAAUAUCAGUUUGUUUUAGCUUCUCAUGCGUAUGUACUUUUUUAAUACGGUUGACAAAAAACAUGUUCUUUUCUAAUUCGACUUUUCAAAAAGUAUAAGGGUCAUAAAACGUCUUUUCAAGUUUUUUGAAAAAUAACUGUUUCAUGAUUUUUUUGAAUUCGAGGUUGACAAACCCUGUUGGUUACUAUAAUAGCGGUUUAUGCCUUAAUGUGGCUGGUUACAGUCACAGCCUUCAAGAAAUUCGGAUAGGUUCACUACAAGAUUUUUUUUUCUAUUGCGAGAACUAAAAGGAAUUUCAAAGUAUAGUCAACUCUCUCAUAGUGACCUCUUAUCGUAAGCAACCACCUCCCAUAAGGGACAGCUUUACAAAUAACUGUUUUGUUUCUCAGUCAAACACUGUUUCAAAAACUCUCUCAUAAGCGACCACUACGUAAAUUUCUUAAACGACUGCGACCACUUUUUGGGCCAUAAAUUUGACAUAUUCUUUUGUUUUCUGUUUCUGGUAGGUGACCACCAGGCAUGAUCACGUAUGAUUGUAACAAAACUGUUGCUCGAAUGUCACAAAAGUUAAUUUUUUGAAUAGUGCUGACCAAGUUAGCUGACAGAUUAUAGCAGUUGACUUACAAAAAAGAUGUCUGUAAUACGAUAUGUAGGUAAAAAGUGGAUUGUCACAUUCAUGCAUAAUGUUAUGUACAAAGUUUCAUCAGUUCCAAGCGCUAUUCGAGUUAAACAUUAUUAGCAGUUCUCUGUUUGCCUCAUUUUUGCUAGUAAGAUUAUAACUUUAUGUAAUUACGUUAAUCAGUUCAGUUUGAGUUUUCUUCUUGAUUUUUCCCAUAGAUGACCACCUCCCGUAAGUGACCACUUUGUCGUGCACCAAGGGUGGUCACUCCAGGACGGCUCAUCUCUCCUGCUGUUCCUGUUCCGCCUGUACAUCUUCAUUGAGCGCUUCUCGAUGUGCUUUGCUUCUUUCCGAGGCCACUAGCCUCAAAAAAAAUCCAGAUACUUGACCCUACACACAUAUCUGCUGCCAAUUUUGCAGGAUCUGACUUCUUUCUCCAAGGUCAAAUUUCAUUGUUAAGUACUGUUUAACCUCGGUAGGAAAAUGCACAGCUUUGUUUCGGGGCUUGUGUAGAGCCCAUCCAGUCUGCAAGUCACUCCACUGGGGAGAGCGGCCAGUUUCAUUCUUUUUGUGACGCUCCUUUCCAACUGCUAUAGGCACGCUUCUGAUUUCUUCGUCCUUAUCAACAGAACGAAAUUUCUCCUCCCAGUCUCUUCUGAGCUUGUCAUACACCGUAUCAGAGUUUCGGUAAACUUGGCUGUGCUCAUCAGCAUCGAGGUGAUUUUCAAGUUCACUGAAUUUCUUGAAAACCAUGUCGUACCGGGCUCAGAACAAGAGAAAAGACCGUUGCAUUGUUUGGUUUCACUGUUUGUCUCUCUCUUAUAUACUCGAACUUCUAUGAGUGGAAAGAAGUUCUCAUGCACAAUGAGGUCAGUAGGACCUUGAGGUUCAGUUAUGACUUCUCGGUAAGGAAUAAACCUGCCCAGUCCAACACCAUCAGCUCUCCAUGCUUUAAUUCCUUCCACUUCAAGCUUGAACUUGUGAUACUUGCUGAAACCUUCUAUCUUAUGUACUUUGAGUGUCUUUUGAGUCUCAUUUAUUACGCACACGGAGGCAGUUGUACUUUGAACAGGGCAUUCUGAGAGCGCUACACGCAUGUCUCUGGCAGAAAUGACACCGUGUCCCUCAUUGCAAUAUCGUCGGAUUGAUGGUUUCAUUGAACAAAGGAUUCUAUCACAUAUCUUUUCCAUACUGCGGCUGGAAAAGUCAUACCGUGCUACUUCAAUGCCUACUCGUCUUCCGGCAUCUCUAACGGCGGCUAAGAGAAAGUUAUUGUGGUAGCAGCCUGCUUCAUCACUCCUUAGGUUCACUUGGGUAAUCUGGGGAUGUUCUUUCUUUACAACCUCAAGCGUGUUUUCGAUGAUUGAGCACACUGCGUACCAGUCUUGUUGGCAAGAGUCGAGGAUAUGAGCAUACAAUUUCAGCUCAAUUUUUCCAGAGUCAACAUUCUUAGUUACAAGGGUGGAAAUAUGCCAGCUCAGCCCCCGUUUUCCGAACCAUUCAGACUGUUUCUCACGAAAUUUUAUUUGGAGGAACUUCAUAGCCCAGUCCAUGAUCAGAAUGGCUGACUGUGGGUCUUCUGAUUUCAGUGCAUCUUGUUUCGCCUCCUCCUGAUUUAUUGAGAGCACAAUGUGUGCUUUCCACAACAAGAUGUCUGACUGUGCACCAUCAAAGUCAUAAAGGACAUCUUCUCUUUGUUUGCAACUGUAAGGCUUCCAUGAUGACCCUUCAGUCGCUAGUCUCACUUCCUUUAGAACAUCCUUCAGCCCUUGGCAUUGCUCGCAAGUCAAUUGAUGCUGAUGCGGACAAGGAUGCUGGAGCUCGGGAUCAACAGGAUCACUAAACGCAAACUUUCUACAGUGGUCAGCACAAGUAGAGUAAUGCUGUUGACAGUGUACACGGUAGUCAGUUUUGAGAUAGCGUUUAGCAUCGCAUAGGUUUUGGCAAAUACGUAAACACCACUGUUUCUCCAUUCCUCCUUUCUCAAGAGUUGUAAUCAGCGUCUCGAUAGUCUGAAAGCCCGCAGCACUAUCUGCAGCCUUAUUGUCUAAGCCCUGGAGCGAUAUACACUGAGACGCUUCGUGAACCUCCAAUAUUUUAAACAGAGUAGACCUACUAAGUGGCUUGUGACAUUGCUCUUUGCAAUACUCCAAGUAUUGCUCAAUCAUUGUAGACCUGGUCAGGAUCCUUACUACGUUAGGCAUCUCAAUUCUGUCACCAUUAUCUAGGGUGAGUACCUUGUUACCAUAUGAAACAUCCUGAUAAAAAUAUGGUCUAUUAAUGAAUUCUACCAAGUGGUCAACCUUCCACACAUCAAGGCGUACACGAUGCUUCGUCUUGAUUUCAGGGAUGGUCCCGGGGCCGUGCAUUUUAGCAUGAGAACGUGCUUGCUUUAUUUUCCAUGUAGAGAGACUUUCUUAAGGUUGGUGAAUUUUCUUCAGUUUGGUCAUAGGGCAUCUAUGAGCAUAAAGGCUCAGAAUCUGUUUCUUUAAAUUCCUGGUCUUUGCAUUCUUAUAAGCAGUCAUGAGUACCACAAGAUCAUCAGGGGCUGAGUCAUCAAAUAAUUCUCUUUGUACAGACAUCAUUGACUCGAAGAGCUCCUCUCAUUACCUGGGGCAAUUACAUUACAUACGUGCAAGCAGUCCUCUUUAGCCUUUUCUACAACUUUUAACUUUUCCCCAUCGCUUAAGUUUUGGAAUGGAGUUUUUAGCUGAUAUUUAAGGGGCUCGCGUUCUAGUUGUUCUUGUGUAAUAGGGUUCACAAUUGUAUCCAUCGCCUUGUUAUACAUGCCGACUGCAUCGGUUACCACGGGUGAAGUAAAAGAGGCCUCCUCUGACCCUGGAGUCCAGCAUGGUGUUGUGGGAUUCCAGGAAGCUGGUGUUGAUUAGUCUUCAAGAAAUGGAGUUGAAGUGACCAUGCAACCGAUGGCUCCAACGGCAGCCUCUUUAGUAGGUCUGCAGAGAAUAGAAAUGGAAAGGCUGCUACUUAGUUGCCUGCCUUGUGAUAGGAUAACCUGACAGGACAACCGUGUAUGUAUUUUUUAUAAAACAACAACCAAAUGACUUCCCUCCUGAAAAUACCUUUGAAGGAGCACAUCUCCCUCAGUUUCCUCAGGGUAUAGCCAGUCUGAUUUCCGAUCUAAUUCUUCACUGUGUUUUUGUGCAAAUAGUUAGUAACAAAAAGAAACAAAAAAUAGUUUUGCAACCUGGAAAGACUUGUUAAAAAAUACUAGAUUUACUUCUAAGUUGAUAAAAGAAGCUAUAUCUUUUUAGUAAAAUCCAGCUAGUGGUCUAUUAUCAAUGCUGCAUUCUGAUUGGUUGAGCGACUACCCGGCUAUAUUUUAUAGCUCACUAGUAGUGAAAAGCAUGGGCUUUUUGGUGGCAAAAAAGGAUUAAAGUCUAGCUUUAACUCACUAAAAUUUCUUUAUUCUUGAUAUUUUUUACCAAAUAGUUGGAUUUUACUAAAACAAUUAUUUCUCUCGCCCUCAUGGCCUCUGAGUCAAUAGCCCAUUCGGCCUUCGGCCCCAUGGGCUAUUGACUCAGAGCACAUUCGAGCUCGAGGAAUAAUUGUUAAAUAUUCCAUCUUGGAAUUAUAUUAUAUAGGCUAUAAAUCAGCUCCCAGAUUUAUGGAUGAAGUGCAGUGAAGAACUAUUGCUAAUGAACUACAAAAACCAAAUUAUGUUCAUUUGAUAUGCUAUUUGUUUGGAAAAGUUUUUCUGGCUGCAAAUACCAUCAAAUAUGAGAUCGAUCGUUUAUCAUUCAUGAUAUAUACUGAAUGGGACUUCCCCUCAGUCUAUAGCCCGCUUUUAAGUAAUUAGAUCAUGAACGAAGAUAUUUAGUUGAAAUGUUAAGGAAGACAAAACCUUUUAAUUCUGAUAUGUUAAAUAUAAAAUGAAUGAAUAGAACAGUUAUAGUUGCUAGUCUGAUAGUACUUACGCGAGCCAAUGGGAAGGGCUUCUCCAAAGAUAUUUUUUAUUUCCCUUGCGGUUUUGAAAUUAAUAACAUGUGUUCUGGCUAUUGCCAUUUUCUUCCUGUGAUGUUUUGGAUACUGGCAGGUCUUUAGAGCUUGCCAGUAUUUUCCCAAAGUGUAGCAAUGGACUGGACAAACCGUCAUAUUCUUGAUCUGAUCAUCAGUGAGUUCUAAGAGACCUGCCCUUGCCAGUGUCAGGUCCAUUUCACAAACAUUUUCCCUUGACAGGCGGUGAUUCAUUAGGUGAUGUCAGCAUUGCAACUAUUCAAGCACAGAAAAUCUACACAUCCUCGAUUACUUCCGCAUUUUCCACCUGUUAUUGCAGAAAAAGAACAAAAUGCAGCCAUUCUAUCUGCGAAGGUUAUCCCGGCACACUGUAAAUACGGUCUAGGUUUUGUGUUGCAAAUUUGCAUACGUUGUUAAAUUAAGUGAACGAUGGCAGAAAAAUUAACCUAAAUUAAAUUGAAAACUUGAAGAAAUAGUAACCCAGCAACACAUUUUUAUUCUUAAAAGUAGCCAGUUUUUUUGUACUUUGUUUAUUUUACCUUGUUAAGCCUGAUAAGUAGUUUCAGCUUUGAUAAAAUAACAUCCAACAUGUUUUGCACUGCAAACUGAAAUCUGAAAUUGACAUCCUCAGACCCAACAUAAAUUAUGUCGUCUGCACAGAAAAAGUUGUGGCUAGAAAAUUCGGUAUAUUUUGGUAAACUAUUUCUUUGCUGAAUCGUGUCAUAACUUUUGAGGUGGUAAUUACACGGUAAAUCUAUUCAUAAUGAAUUUUAACUUUUUUUACCAUUCUAAUCCCUUUAUUUCAAGGAAAUUUCUUAUAAUCACUGUUUAGCCACAACUUGACAUAGCAACAUUCACCGGAGCUGCUACCUUUUUUUGUAGCAUCCCUAUUUUAGGACAAUAUGUUGUAGAUUUUAAGAUAUUCACUGUUUAUCCCCAGCAUUGAGUUUGUUUUGAAAAUAGUUUCUCUCUGACAGUAAUGAUUUUCGUUUUGUAGUAGGAAAGUUUGGAAUCAGGAAAAUGCGUAAAUUACAUCAUAUGCACAAUUACAGUAGAAUAUUACCCAACUUUAUCAAACUCUUGUGCUUCGGAAUCAACAGUGCCCAAAAAUGUUUUUCUUGAUUUCAAUACACGAGGCCUAGUACUGACCAGGGAUAGUGACCAAGACUCCAGAUAAUGUCAGAUUUUUGAAAAAAGUUCAUUUAAAAACUAGGAUAACCGCGCAUUUUUUCAAGGACACUUUACGUGGUAUUUUCAAAACAUCAUGAUUCCUUUGUUAAGUAAGAAAUUAAAUAUCUUGCCUUUUUUGAAUAAAGGAAGCAUGAAUUAAAAUCAUACUUCUGUUUUAUGUUAUUUGGGUAAAUGCGAAAUUUGACCUUCAAAAAGACGAUCAUGACAGCUUUGGACCGUCCAGGCGAAUCACCACCCAAUUUUUUUGUAAAAAAGCACUAUGAGCCAAACAAAUUCGAUUUUUGUUGAUGGAAUGGGCUAAUUUUGUCUCAGAAAAAAAUGAAGGAAUUCUGUUUUCUGCGGAAAUCUGAGUGGUCGGUUCUUAUACACGGACCACCUCUUAACAGUUGACAUGUGGACAUUUCCAACAACAAUUUAAUGUCUUUCCUUUUUUGAUUUGAAGUGAUGCUGAAAAGGUCUGAUUUUAGUGAAUCUAAAACCUGAUAAUAUUUAUUGUCUUUUAGCUCUCUAAUGUCAGCUCUGUCAAAUCACCUACAACCUUCAGAAUUGUUUUUAUUUGUACUUGCCCUCAUUAUUUGUCUGAAUAUAUGAUAUCUGAUAGAAGUGCAACUUGAGGAACAUUGCACACGUGUCAGCUUUUUUCCUUAAUAGAAAUGGACCAUCAUGGGAUCAAAUAUGUUUCUGGGAAACUGCCCACAUACCCCUUUCCUAAGCCAACAUUAAUGCUUACUUCUCACUUAGGGCAAAAUGUUGGCUUAAGGGAGGGUAUGUGGGCAGGUUCCCAGAAACAUAUAAUAAACAUUUAAUAAUUGGUUCCGAGGAAAAGCAUUAAUCUUGUUUCCCGAGGUGGAGCUGAUGGAAACGUUGAGAUGCGAGGGAAACAAACUCAACUGUUUCCCGAGGGACCAGUCUUUAAGUGAUUUGUUAUAUAGCCCAUGAAGAAAAAAAAACUUUUUUGAGUACAAAUGUAUGAAAAUAAAUCUCCCAAACAGUCAACAUUCACAGGUAACAUUGCACUGUUGCCCUCUGAUGUCAUGGAUUUUGCAUUGUUGCCUGCUCAGAGAUUUUGGCAGGAAACAGCUUCAUUGUUAGAUGUCAUUAGACAUCAAAGUAACCUAUGAGAGGAUGCACUGUUGAGAAAAAAUUUCCAGCUACAUAACAAAAACAAUUAUGCAGAUCGAGAAGGAUGUAACGUCUGAGUAACUCACAUCAAUUAUUAUUAUGUUCUAUUCAAUCUAAGCACCUUCCAAAUUUGGUUGACACCAGCUGGAUAUUAUAAUUAACAAUUAUUUACCGAAGUGGAGGUGGCUAGUGGUGGAAAUAUUUACCGAGGCCGCAAAGGGAAAUAUCCACCACUAGCCACCUCCACUGUGGUGAAUAAUUGUUAAUUAUAAUAUCCAGCUGGUGUCAACCAAAUAGGUAACCUGAGGUGAAUAAUCGUUUUAGUAUAUACUGAAACAGUGAGAUAAUUGGGCACAAAGAUGAUGAUUUUUAACUCAUUUACUGUUGCCAACUAUUACAGUUUUGGCAUGCAAUGACCGAAUGGCUGCAGUCAUCGCUUUUUCUUGCCGACAAAUAAAACUUUUAAAGGCAUUUGUUUAGCUCUUGCAAGCAAAUUUCUUCAAAAGGAGUUGUGAAUUCUUUUUGUAUUGAAAAUCAUUCUGUAAAAAAUAUUAUUAAAUUUACUUUUAAGCUUAUUUAUAAACAAGUCAACUAAAUAAAGUAAUGCAAGACUUGAGCUUAAUUUGCAUUCGUAGACAAAAAACUCAUUCAGCAAAUUCAAAUUCAAAUUUAGUUUUAAGCUUAUUUAUAAACGAGUCAACUAAAUAAAGUUAUGCAAGACUUGAACUUAAUUUGCAUUCGUAGACAAAAAACUCAUUCAGCAAAUUUAAAUUCAAUCAAUUCAGACAAAAAACAAAUUCAAGUCAAAAAGACAAAGCUUUACUUGUUAAAACUUCCAAACCAAACUUCGUCACCUUCUUCGUGUAUUUCGGGAACAGCUUGCUUGAUUAGUUGUGAAAUUUCUUUGUUUGUUACAGCAGCAAACCGGUAAGGCAUUUUGUUCGCAACUUGCGCAAGUUUGGUGCUGCUUGCUCGGAGGAACUGGAGGUGAAUCAGUGAAUAGUGCAGGUUAUUCUCUGAUUGAGUAGCCAAUCAGAGCGCACAAAAAUCACUAUCCACUGUUUUAGUACAUACUAAUAAGGAUUAGCUGGGAGAAAAAAUGUCAAGCAGAAACAGAGUAAUUAAUUUGAAUGAACAGUGAUUUUAUUUCUUUCUUAGGUGUUGGUGGUGCUGCAAAAACACACAAGAGCAGUUUACAUGCAAUUGGCUCCAUUCUGCGACAGGAAGGCUUUCUAGGUGUCUAUAAUGGGUUAGUAUAUUAGGGGUGUGUUCAAUUGAUCAUAUUUUGGAAUAAUAAUGCGGAAAGUUUUGUUGCAAAUCUCUAAUGUAGAGUUCUUUUUGGGCUACAUGGUCUAUACUCUGAUUGACCUUGACUCUUGAUCAAUCAUUGCAUUUGCCCCCAUGCAGAUGUUCUUAGGGCUUUUUAACCGCUGCCCCGUUAGCUCAAUGGGAUAAGCGCCAGUCUGCUGAGUGGGAGGUCACGGGUUCAAACCCCAGCUGGACCAACACUCAGAGUCUUUAAAUAACUGAGGAGAAAGUGCUGCCUUUGUAACAACAUCUGCAAAUGGUUGGACUUUCUAAUCUUCUCGGAUAAGGACGAUAAACUGUAGGCCCUGUCUCACAAGCCCUUGCACAAGUAAUAAAUCUGUGGGACAUUAAAGAACCCACACACUCUUCGUAAAGAGUAGGGCACGUAGUGCCUGGUGUAGUGGUCUAUCUCACUUUCACUCUCAUGUAUGGGGGCAUCAUUACUCAUUCCUUCAUUACUUGUGAACUACACCUAAGCAGUCUGGCAAAGUCCCCCAACCAGUGUUGUAAAUUAUCCCUGAAAAGCCCUGAGGGGAGUGGAUAAUAAGAUAUUUAAAAUUUGUCAUGUGUUCCUUCCUCACAUGUAGGAUUACUUGAAGUUAUUGUAAAACACUGAUUGGCAGAGACACACUUGAUCUUGGUAUUUUUUAACAUCUCCCUAUUAAACUUCUGUUGCUUUUAGAUUAUCUGCUGGUCUUUUACGACAAGCAACCUAUACCACAACAAGACUUGGUGUCUUCACUUCACUAAUGGAACACUUUAAAAGGUAAAUAUUGUUAACAUCCAUAAUACACCAGUGUUUAGUUCAAGAAAAGAUGGGGCAAGCUAAGGCAACUCACCUGCGUAUAUGGAUCAUACCAAAAUGGCUUCACCUUCUCUAAAGGCAGAGACUAGUCACAAAAAAAGAAAACUGACAGUAACAAAAAUUCAAUCAAAAAUUUUCAUUCCAAGAAUGUUUUUUUUUUGUUCCCAUGUUUUUGAAGUGUCAGGAGAUUUUUUGGUGUUUCCCCUAAUUCUUGAAAGUGAUUUCCUUUAUAGUUCGUGAAGGGGUUACUUUCCUCCAGCUGGCCUUCACAUCACUGAAGUGUAGGUGCUGGUAGUUAGUUGGCACAAUUUUAAAUACUUAAAUUUUGUCGUAGCAGCAUAAAAUGCCCGCACACAGGAACUACAGUUUAUAAAACUGUACGUAUGGAUGUAAUAUCAAAACCUUGACCAAAAAAAAUCUUUGAACAUCUUUUCUAAGCUUAUGUAUUCUCUAAUUAUUUAUUCUUAUAAAGUAUAUCACGCAGCAACUUACAUCAGAGUCUUUUGACUGAAUGCUCUACUUGCAAUCCCAAGAGACACGUUGUUUUUGAAAAUAUACAAAUGUACAUUUGUAGAGUUGAGUAAUAUAGUUGAUAUAUUAACAAGUCAUCACUGUGGCGUAUGAUGAAGGUCUUCUUGUAGCAGUCUGUUUCGUAGACAGGAAUAUUAAAAACUUUCCUCAUCCUCAGCUGCGUAUUAUGAGCCGACUUUGGCAGCAGCAAACUGUUUAGCCAGUUUUUGUCCUGCAAAAUAUUGCUACAAAGGUUUAAAUAUGGUAGUAACUGGUAUUGGACAGAUAGUGUAGGGGGUGCUAGCCCUUUCUAAUGCUUCAUUCUACUUACUUAACCAUGCCUUUUCUUGCAACUUAUUAUUUUUUUGCCUAUCUUUCCAUUUUUACUUUACAUGCAAAUAAAAUGUACUUUUGCAUCCGGUAGCCCCUGGUUGUAUUCCAUUUUACAUCUUCAUUCCUUCAAAAUUUAUGAAGUCCUGAAAUUCUAGUAGAGUGCCUCUUUAAGUCUUAAUUUAAUCUCACCAACACAAAGCCAAGUCAGCCUAAAUGCAUAAGAUAUAGAAGAAUCGGCCCAAGGCUUUGCCAAUCGGUGGACCAGGAUAAAAUACGAGGUAUGCUCCAUCGGUACAGGAGGAGGGAUGGGUGAGAACUGCUAUCGAGGGUGCUGAAACCUAAACUUUACUACAACUGGCUGAAAAAUCAAGCAGGCUGCUCUUAAAACUGACAGACUAGGUCUGUAGGUAUGCCGUGUAUUCUCCCGGGCCAUGCUGAGAAUGUGAGGAAGUGCAUUGAUACUAAUUUAGGCUUUGUGCGUGUUUUCUGUGGCAGGAAUAGUCUUUUAGUAACAUAUAGUUGACUUUAUUUCUGUUUGACUUGUACAGUGUUGCAUUUGUCCUUUUUUUUUCUCAUAUUUAGUCCUGAUGGAACUCCACCUUCUUUUCUUAUGAAAUGUGCUCUAGGUAAGUGCAUGUAUCCUCAUAUUAAAUAUUUUGUCAUAUUGAUUUAUUUAAGGUAUUUGUUUCAGGGCUGGUUUUUCUGAUUAUUUGUUGAAAACUUUUUGCUUGUAAUUCCAUUAAUCUAGGAUUAUUAGUUUCAGUCAAGCCAGGCCAAGUGUACCCCCAUUGGUUCUAUAAUGAACUUAUUAGUUUAAAAAGUAGAAUCCCGAUUAGUCAUUGUCUCGACUUGGGGAUGAAAUUCACACUUAUAUUCUUGCAUGCAUUUAGACUGAGUAGUGAUUUUAGACUUCAUUCUCCAGUCUGUAUUCAAAUAGAUAAAAUUCUUAUGAAGGCUUUAAUAUUGAGUUCAAGAAGAAAGCUGAGCUGACAGAGAUUUUAACUACCUGCCCAUGUAAAUUCACUGCUCAGCAGACAUGCAAAAGUGAUGAAAUGAAUCUGAUAUUGGCUUUUACCUAUCAGAUAUCAGAUUCAAUUUUCCAAUAGUAUGAUGAAUUUAUAGGUACAUGUAGUCUUGACCACACUUGACUGUAAUCAGCCAAGGGUGUCAUGAACACACAGAAUGAUCCUUUAAUCUAAUUAACUUCCCUCUUAGGGAGGGGGUGGGGGAGGCUGGUCAUCUACUAAUAUAUUGGACAUACAGUCAAAAUACCAACACUGAGGGGUCCAUAGGAAGUGUUUGUAUUAAAUGUAAAGGGCCUCCUUUCCCCAGGGACAAAGCAAACUGUCCAUAACAAUGAGGUGUUCAUAUUAAGUGGGUGUCCAUAAAGCAAAGUUUGACUGUAAUUUGUUUUAAAAGCCAAAUAUCUGUUUUCUUCAGGGAUGACUGCAGGAGCUGUAGGUUCAUUUAUAGGCACCCCAGCAGAAAUUUCACUCAUAAGAAUGACAUCAGAUGGAAGGUAAAGACACUUCUCCACUCCAGCAGUUGUACUGCUGUUUUAGUUGUAAACAGAGUUCUCAAAGCUCACACAUUGAAUUAAAACUCAUUGGACUUAGGUCAAACUUGUUCUCUAACACAGAAGCCAACAGAGUUUAUAUGCAAUCAGUGAUCUUCACAACACUGAAAUGAUUAAUUUUGUUAGUAGCCCUUAAGAGCUAAAAGAAAAGUCAGGGACCAGCAGUAUUUUAAAAGAUCAGUGCAGGAAUGUCACUAAGAUUUCAAGUUACCGGGUAAAUACGACAAGUAGGCAGGGAAUCAGACAGCUAGGAAUGUCUUUUGGUCAUAUUUUUCUUAUAUUUUCCUAUGAAAGUAGCUGGGGGCCACAUUUAUAGUAGCCAGGGAAAAAGCACGGCCCCCUGGCCUCUUAAUGACAGCCCUGGAUCAGUGGCUUAGCUGACGUGGCAAGGAAAGCCACCCAUCAUAGUCUAAAUAUUGCUGAGUGGUCAGAAUAGUCAAAAAAGGGUUCAGUUUUUUAAAUUUCUUGGGAGAGAGUGCCUCAUAACCUUUCAGGUGAAACAGUUUACACAUGACUUGUAGCCGUCUCAGAAUCUCUCUCUUUAUACAUAUACCUGUUUCAACAUGAGGACUGUGUGAGGACUGUGCGAGGACUGUAUGAGAAGUGACCUAAAGCGGUUGUAAAGAUCACUUCGUCUCACCUCAAAUACCUGAAAUAUACCCUAGGUAGCACAGGUUUUUUUCCUGCAUGCAGCAGGAUGAAAGCUCACUGGCACCUCGCUCUAUCAGUGUAGUAACCAAACACAUCCCUUCAUUUUAAACUGUUUAAUUUUGCUAUUUUUUCAAACCACACAAAUCUCAUCACUGGAAUAAGAAAGCGCAGAGCAACACUGUACUGAAACAUUGUGUUUGUAGGGAACUGAAAUUUCUAAAGGAAUGAUAUAUUUCCACAGGCUCCCUGUUGAACAACAGCGCAAAUAUACAAGUGUGUUUAAUGCAUUGUAUAGAAUUACAAAAGAAGAAGGAAUACUCACUCUCUGGAGGGUAAGGUUAUGUAGGAUCACAGAAUUCACAAAAAACCAGUGAAAGCUGCAGAUAAAAUUAUGAAUGUAAAAAGAUGCAUCGAGAACUGUCCAAGAGUAAAGAAACUUACAAGUUUAACAAAGUUGCAUGUUUUCAGUCAUAUGGUGGUUCUUUCCAGAGCUAGUGAAAAACGGUUGUACAUUACUGAAAAUAGUAUUCUAUUCACAUACAUUCAUAUUCAUGCUCAGUUCUAAUAAGGUAUGGAAAAAAGAUUGAUCAGCGGACUAAGCCAAGCUGGGACAGCUUGGCUUAGGAAGAGUUCAAGAUACGACUCACGCGAUUUUUGGGCGGGACUGGGUGGGCCGUCCACCUCUUCGCGGCUCCGCUGAAAAACUGAGCAAGAAUGGUCUAUUUUCGCGCCAAACCAGAAUUUAUUAUCGGUAAUUACGUAAUCGCACGUGAGACCGCUAGACUAGCCAUGAAAGAACCCAUUAUUGAAUUAUUUUAACCUCGCAUAUCAUUAUGAGUGUUGUGAAUAGUAUUCUAUUCACAUACAUUCAUAUUCAUGCUCAGUUCUAAUAAGGUAUGGGAAAAAAGAUUGAUCAGCGCCCAACAGCCCUCACUGUUCCUUAAAUAGUCUUAGAUAAUUGCACUCCGACUCUCAAAUCCUCUUACAACUUCCCAAUCCUCAAUCCUCCAACCCCUCUCAUAACUUUAAUCCCCAAGUACAGUAAGACACAGCUAUACGUUUACAAUUAUAAUCAAACUAAACUGGUAUGAGUUUCCAUAACAACAUCUCUUCAUUAAAGAAACGAUAGUACAAAGGUUAUAAUCCAUUCCAAAAACACCCUAGCCAAACAAAGUAUCCUCAUUCUGCUGGGCGUUUCCUCUGCUCAGCAGCUGGAAAAGCACACACAAAACGUUUCAGCUGAUUCACAUCCUGCCAUGGAGCCACCACAUUCUCAGCAGAAGGCGUAGCAAGUCGUCCCGACGGGCCAUCAUGUUUCAGAACCUUGGCCAGCUGAAGGUAAUAUAAGGCGGUAUGCCUCCUAGCCCAACCCACGUGUUCCAUAAUCUCAGACAGAUCCGCUCCUGUGAGGGCCAACGUUAUCGCACAACCCGAACGAAAGCCAUGCAAUGUCUCACCAUCAUCAGCUUUCAUCUGCUUGAGAUACACUUUAAGACGCGCAUCUGCUGCUGAAGAACUAAAUGGAGAAUCUUGGACACCAUUAUUAGAAGUUGUCGGACGAAACAAAUAUCCCUUUGUUAAAUCAACGCCUAACUCCCUUGCCACUUCGACAUAUUGCUCAACGCCCUUCACAGGACAGAUGACCGACUGGGGAUUUCUGCGAACACCAAAGACAUUACUGUCACCAUCCCGCAAAGUCUUACCCCAGAUAUGAUUAAAUAAGAACCCAUCAUCAUUUGGAAAACGAAGGAUCUCCGGAACUUUUACCUGACCAAGAUCUCCUGGGCGGUCCCCACUAAAGAACGCCAACUUAAAAUAAGCUUGGUCACGUGCGAUAAUGAAACGGUCAAGUUUCGACUUUGAUCUCGCUAGCUCGCCUUCAAGAUACUUCGAUAACUGAGUCAAUUUGUCCACAAAGAAUGGCGUGGCUUGUUUUGGAGUAACACGGGCCUGUAACUGCUCCGCUGUGACAAGACGAAGGUAAUCUUUAACCAAUUUAUCAGAGGCUGGGUUACCAAGACCUAGCCGCUUGUCCCACUCUCCGUCCCGACCAAUGGAAUGGAAAAUCGAUCUUAACUUUCCUAUGUAAGAGUCCACAGUCUUGUACGACAAUCUCAAGGGGCAGCCACAUGACUGUUUACCAUGCUGACCCAAAAAUUCACACGUAUUGAGGUGUACCUGUGUUUUGCCACGCUUGUCUUUAAAGAUCAGGAAGCGACACAAGUCCCUAGGCGUCACUGUCGCGAGAGUAACAAAACCCGGCAGAGCACCAAGAAAAGCCUCAAGUUCCCUCUGAAGAGAAUCCUUCUGCUUUUUAUAACUGGUUGCCUGAUCGUAGUGAAGUAACUGCUGCAACCGCACUUCAAUUCCAUCAAGGUCAACGAUAACAUCAGAGUGUUCCUUGCCAAGCGUUGUCAUAACCUUUCGCUUGUAGCCACAACGUUGACAAAAACGGAAGUCAAAAUCAUUAGCGUGUCCACAGGUUGGGCAUUUAACCGACUGGACAAACAGCUUUGCCAUGACUGGAAGCUCCUACAAACCAGAAAAGAAGAACCCUAUCAUACACCACAAACCAGUAGCACAACAGGUCAAAAUGUAUGCCAAGACACACCUAAAAACACACUGCAAAAACCCAGAGAUCUCCAGGAAUGCCCUUGUGAGGCAGCCACCCCUUUUUGGACGGGACCAAGAGAGCGUUGCCAUCGCCACGAACAGCCAGACAUCUACUCUUUACAGCUUUAUUCAUAAGGAGAGGCCACCAGUACUUCUUAGGAAACACGUCCAGCACCACUACUGUGCACGACUGUUUAAAACUCUGCAGAAAUUUUAAGACAGGUCCCGUUAAGGCCAUGGGAGGAAAAACAUACGGUCUGGCCAUAAGCGCUCCGAGGGAAGCAAGGUCCUGUGUGAAGAGAUUUACACCAGACGAUCCGGGAGAGGGAAUCGGCGUAAAAUGAGGGAGAGAAUACCCGUGCGCAUCCGUCAUACUAUUCGAAUCCAAGGCCAUAAGGUCGCAAGUAUGGCCUUCCCUACCACCAAACUCCUUCUGAACAAUCUGCCACAAGCCAUCCGACAAUUUACUAUCUGAGUGGGACAGGCGCCUUGAUGGAGCAUCAGCAGGAUUCUGACCAGUCGGAAUGUAAGACAUGUGCAGAGAUAAGCUAAGCUUCGACGUUGUGAAGAAAAGCCGUUUCAAUGCCAUAUUAAGCUCCAAGCUUCUACCACCCUGGUUGUUCCAAGCCUCGACAACGGCCUUAUUGUCAACAAAAGCAUCAACUCUAGCAUUGAACAGUUUGUCUUUAAAAGCCAUUAACGCCAUGUCGACCGCAAUAGCUUCCUUCGCGGCGAUCCCCCAUUUGCACUGCUCUUCCGUCCAAUAAUCUGAUAUUUCCUCACGAUGAGGGGCUAACAAAAUAGCACCCCAGCCUGAUGCGGAAGCAUCAGUUGCAACGGACACACGAAUAUGACGCUCAUCCCGCCAUGUUACCGGAUCAUCCCAACCCUCCAAAAACAGCCAAUGGGAGAUCUCCUCACGCAGAUCCCCCCUGAUGGGUAUUAGCCUGUGGGGAGUACGUUGGCCACCGGCAAUAGCUGCAUUCAUCUGCUUCGUAAACAACUGGGCUGCAGGUACUGCUAGACUAAAAGAGACACAUUUCCCAACCAGGCGUUGCAAGGUUUUCACCGUAACCUUAGAGGCAUGGAGUAUUUCACGGACAAGUUGCAAGAAUUUCUCCUUCUUUUCCGGCUUUAAGCAGAACACCUCCCUAGAAGAAUCCGCUAAAAAACCAAGGUAGGGAACCACUUUACUUGGGAACAAUAUUGACUUUUGCAAACCAAGGAAAUAGCCCAAGCUGACAAGAUGGUAAGCAACAAGAAAUAUAGCCGACCUAGCCGCCGCAAGAUGACGAUCAUCAACAGUGUUAAUAGUAGCGUAUUCCCCCUUAUCGAGUGCCACCUGCAGUUCGCCAUUGUGUCGAUCAUCGAUGUAGAGCAAACAAGGGAUUCCUAUAGCUCUAAGGAAAUUACUAGCCAACAGGCCAGUAGUAUGAUAUACAAACGGGGAGAUCUUCCACCCAAAAGGAAGGGUAUUAUACGUGAAAUACCACCCUCCCCAUUGGAUCCCAAAAUACGUGCGGCUGUCUUCAGAAAGAAGAAUAUGGUCAUAGCCAGACUUAUCGUCUAGGACCGUUUGGUAGGUAUCCUUGCCCACGUAACGCGGUAAAUCUAUCAGCCUGUCUAAAGAGAAAGGCAUAUCACGCAUCCAUAAAUUAAGAUAGCGCGCAUCGUGACAUAACCUUGGCUUUGUUGGCUCAACUGUAAGGGGAAGAACAAUAAAUGGAGGGUCAACCACACCCACUCUCCCCAACAGCGAAAUAGCUCCAGAUCUCAAGCGCGCAACUAACGUUUCCUCCACAAAUGACACAAAAGGCUUGCAAGAGACAUUGUUCUUAAACACCUUCAUCGGAGGCUCGUCUGAAUCGAACAAUUCUCCUUUAAAACUUCCUUUAAAAUGCUUGAAAAACGGCUUAAUCGAGACCUUGUCCCUUAUCCACCCAAGAAUCUGUGCCUGUUGGGGUGACGAGCUAUCUCGCGCAAUGUACUGCCAAUACUCGAAAUGGUUAUGCAAUUCUCCAGCUCGAAAACAAUGUGGGUCACGGAACAAUAACUCCGAAAUAUCACCAAUUAACUCUCCCCUCUGUAUCCUCUGUAAUCUAACACGGUCACAGGCUGUCACUUCUCCACUGACCUCGACGGGGUUACCGAAACAAUCGACCCAGGACAUUGGAAGCUCAAUUUCUUUGCCUCGUAACUCCUGAAGUCGAAGAUCAAAGGAGUCAGAUUUUUCCCAACACCACAUGUUUCCCUAGGAAAAAGGGGUAGUGAAGACACCUUUAAACACUGAAUCGCCGAAAAAUCUAAGACCAUAUUAAAAUCAUCCCCGUCAAAGUCAGCAGAGAAAUAACAGCUAAGACCAGCGAGGCUGGAGGGCCCUUGUCUCAAGGAUACCCCUUUUUCAAAGUCGUUAUAACUAUGCUGACAAAAUAGACAGAGUAAAAUAUGCACUAGAUUGAUUCAAUACACACAAAAGUUUGUUUAUUAUCGCAAAGAAUUAAGCAAUAUUACAACACACAGCCUUGUCCAGGCGGCCUUCAACCUAUAACACCGGUGCGAACUAACGAGAUCUAAACACAAGCUACUUGUCUGAUUUGGGAUCCGUUUUCCUCUGCUUGGACUUCAAAUCAGGACAAUCAGCUUUGAUAUGACCUCGCCUAUGACAAAAAUAACAUCGCAAAGAAAAUAGACGAGACGGACGUGCCACACCAGAACCCCUGUUGUCGUUCGCUUGAGGCUUCUUGCGAUUUGACUUCUUUUCUACUUUAGAAACGAUAUCCAGGACCCUCUCGUGGUCCUUGUCUCCUAAUAGGCGCAUAACAAGGUCCUUGAAGUGGUCCUUCGACAACUCCACCUUUUCCCUCGCCGACUGAUGAACGAGCCGAUAGUAGUUCUUCCUGUCAUGAUUACGGUCAGCGGCCUUGUUAUGCAGAGUCUCCAGCAUCUCAAGCACCUCAUACUUGUUAAACUCUGUCAACGGGCGGGAAGCAUAAGCCAAGAUCUGUUCCACGAGCUUCUCAGGCGACGCGUUGGUUACUGCCUCCACUGACUGCUUUAACUGUCUCACCUCCUCACGCAAUCUCUGCAAAGGAACAAAGAGACUCUUAAUCACCGCCCACCUCAAUGUGCGAAGCACUCAGUGUUAUGCAUAAAAAACCUCAUUACAGGCCUCGUGAAAAAACAAAAACAUCACGUAACUUCUCGCGUUACCAUGUAUAAACAUCCUUCGGCAGGCACAGCCAAAGGAGAAAAUACAAGUAAGACGACCUAGCAACGUUCAACAAUUAACGAUGACCCAUUAUCAUAACUCAUAACAAACAUCCAAAGGCCACAUCAGCCGAAGGAAAAGACAAAACACAAAUGACACCUCGCUGUCACCAUUCGUAACCAUCCCACGACCGCAAAAAGGCUGAAGGAAAUACAAAUAAGCGAAUUCACGGCGUCUCUCUAGCCAAAAGCUAGAUGUCACCGCCGAACAAAACGGCCACGUCGCUUGUACAAUAAGCGAGUCCACAGCGUUCCUCUAGCUAAAAGCUAAACGCCCAACGCUGGUCCGUCAACCAACCACCGCCGAACAAAUCGGCCACCUCGCCUGUACGGUUUGUAACCAUCCAACGACCACAAAGGCCGAAGAAAAUACAAACAAGCGAGUCCACGGCGUUCCUCUAGCCAAGAGCCAGGCGCCGACCGCUAAUCCGUCAACUAGCCACCGCCGAACAAAUCGGCCACCUCGCUCGUACGGUUUUGUAACCAUCCAACGACCACAAAGGCCGAAAGAAAUACAAAAUAAGCGAAUCCACGGCGUUCCUCCAGCCACAAGCCAGACGCCGAACGCUAGUUCGUUAACUAGCCACGCGGAAUAACCCGACAAUCUUCCGAAAAGAUUUCGAUAACAGGCCGCGAUCGGGCCAAAAGCUCUCCGUUAUUCUCUCCACCAUGCUGUGUGAAGAACCUGAAAGAUACGACAGACAAGAGAAAUAUGCCACGAAAGAAUUCAUAACAACUAAAAGAGAACUACCUCCAGUUCCUGAGGCUGAGCGACAUUAACAUUCUGGUUGCCAUCCGGUGGAUUCACAACCGGCGGAUUCACCACUAGCGGGUUCACGACCGGUGGAUUCACGACUGGCUCUACAGGAUCGACAAGUAACUGAACGUUCGGCUCCGGAGGUUGACCCUCAGCCAUCAGGAAAUCGUCAAGAAAAUCGCGUGGGUCGUAUCUUCCAAAAGAAAAGAGACCAGCUCUUCGCGGCUCCGCUGAAAAACUGAGCAAGAAUGGUUUAUUUUCGCGCCAAACCAGAAUUUAUUAUCGGUAAUUACGUAAUCGCACGUGAGACCGCUAGACUAGCCAUGAAAGAACCCAUUAAUAGAGAGAUUAAGAUUCACGUUUACGCCUAACGGCAAACGGGAAUUUGUACCACGUGACCAAGUUUUUCCCUUAAUUGUCGUUAACUGUUUAUCACUUCAACAAAAAAAUAAGUAGUUUGACGCCAGUUUUAAACAUAAGAAUUGUUCUGGACAGUUUUCAUCUGCUUAUUUUCUAUUCUGAGAAAUUCUCAACUUGAAUCUGACGUUUGCCGUUUGGCGUAAACGUGAAUCUUAAACUGCCUAUUGAAUUAUUUUAACCUCGCAUAUCAUUAUGAGUGUUGUGAAUAGAGACUGUUUUUACAUUUUCCCUCCUGCACACUGCAGCGUUGUCUCUUUCUUUCCAAUUUUUAACAUUAUCAGUGAAGUGAAUUAAAAGUAGAGGCUUUAAAUGUGUUCAAGUAUGUGCUUCUUUGAAAAGUUGUCGUGGUAUUUUAAAGUACAGUAAUUACAUACUGGCGUAUACAGGCACUGCAAGUGGAUGUUCCUUCCAAAAGGUCUUUUAACCCUUUGAGCCCUAAGAGUGAUCAACAUCAAAUUUCUUCUUGUAACAUCAAUGCUUUGUAAAACAGAGUGGUCAUUAGAGUUACGGACAGAUCUCACAAGAUGAAUUUGCUUGAUAUUUUAUCAACUUCUCCCCACUACUUCUGUAGGAAAUGAAUAGCAGCAACAAAUGAGAAUUCAAAUCUUGAUCUUAGGGUUUAAAGGGUGAAACAGGCUAUAUAACGCCAUUUGCUAUCUUUUUUAAAAACAAACGUGUCUUUGCAUCAAUUGAAUCCCCCCUUCCCAAAACAAAAUGCUACACUUUGGUUAUUAAAGACUAUAUUUAGGCUAUGAAACUGUUUCCUGUCCUCCGUUGCUACGGAUGCCAAGGAUGGAUAUGGAUUGAAACUUGAAUAAAUUGGGCCAACAUUUUUCAAGUUUAAAUGCUAUGCCCGCAAAGAUCAUCUCAAAAUCUUAUGGUUCGUGCAACCUGAUGAAAUUUGUUUGACAUCUUUUUCAUGACUCAACAGAAGCAUUUUGUGCUUGCUGGGUAAAAGCACUGAUUAAUGACUUCAGUACAGAGUUUAUCUGAAACAUCAAUAUCCUACUGACAUAGCCUCUUUAACCCUUUCACUGCCAGAGUAAAUAAUGGAGUUUUUGUGAGGUAGCUCUAACUUUUGAGUCUUUGGACGAAAUCCUAUGAUGUGACCAUUCAAAUGAAACCUCUCUACUUGUACUUUCACAUGGUGCUACUUGUUUUUCAAAAUUUUACAAAAUGAAAUUUGGGAUUUUUUGUCAAAUUUUUCCUUUUCCCACAUUUGGCAGUGAAAGGGUUAAUGGUUUGUUUUUCUCUAUUACUUAGGGUUGUGGUCCAACUGUUACUCGAGCCAUUGUUGUUAACGCUGCACAAUUAGCAACUUACUCUCAAGCCAAACAAGGCCUUCUUUCCACAGGUUAGUAAGAUUAAAGGUUUUUAUUGCCCCAUCUGAGUUAAUACGAAAUAUUUGUAAUGUUACGUCAUGUCGUGAAUAAGAGGACAAGAAGACGCGCUCUUUUUACAUAUUAACAUGUGAACAGUAAGCUCGGACUUCGGUAUCAAAAGCGCCACCGGCAGCUGCAUCAGUUCAUUUAUGAGCUUACUGUAACCCUCCGCCGCCCUCCUUAGCCCUUCCACCAGGGAACUUCCUCCACCCUUUUCGAACAGUAGUCUGAGUUAUUUCACGUCCCCUAUGAUUUUGACUGGUGAAAGAAGGAUGAGACAAGGAUAAUGACUUAACGUCACCGCCUAAUGACGCCAUCAUUUUAACUGAGACAAGCUCUCAAAUAACAGCUAUCAUGAUCUCACCAGUUUUUCAAAGACCCUGGCUGUUAGUCUGACCGGAGUUUCAACCCUCGACCUUCCACUCGGCAGACCAGUGCCCUCCCAACUGAGCUAUCCGGGCAGCGGUUACGGAUUCCGGGAAGUUUUUUCUUGUGGAAUCCAGAAUCCAGGGGUUUGGAAUCCGUUAUUCAACUCAAGGAAUCAGAUUUCCCACUGGUGUAAAGGAACCCGGAAUUAAGUUUUUGGAAUCUGGAAUCCACGGUAUGGAAUCCAGACAGGGGCACCCAACGUCAAUUUUCGGAAAAUAUCUGUUCGGAAGACGAUUUGAGGUCUAGAAUUUUCAAAACAUUUGUUGUAAAAUUUCUUGCUUGCCUGCCUCUCCUAGGAUUCUCGAACAUCUAAAAAAUGGUAUAAUUGCCCAUUUUUAACGGAUUUUUACCCUGAAAAGUCACCUAGAAUUUUCGGGAGCCUUUUUUCUGGCUGAAAUUUUUGAAAAGGUAAGUUUUGAUCCCUAUAAUUUUCGGAUCACUAUACUUUCAGCUAGGAAAUCCGAACAGAUGAAAAAUUUUUAGGGGAUACAAAUAUCGCCUUCAUCUACCGUUUUUAUACUCAAAAACGUUUAACAAUGCUAUGUGUAAGUGGUUUUGAACUAUAUUCUCGUUGGGUGCAAAUGUCCAGAAUCCAAGACUGCCUUGGAUUGCCUUACUCGGGCGAUCCAUUUUUCUCACCGUUAGUUCCAUAUGAACAAGUCCUAUCUUUGUCUAUAGCCCGGUUAGUGACCAAGAUAAACAUUCGUAAUUAAACAAAUAGAUUCCAUUUUGUCGUGUGUCUGUUUUAUUACGUGUUUUUAUAUAAUUAUCUAAUGACUUUGAAAAGUCGUCCGUCGAUUUGUUCUUACCACAGUUUGAUGUCUUCUGUGAUGUGCAUGUAAACUGAACAUAGGUCAACAGACAAUGGAAGAUUUUUUCCAUUUUUCAAGCCAUUAAAACUGUUUUUUCUUUCGGUUUCUGCUUCUCUUUCUUCUUGUAAAUAGCUUCCGCUCCCGGGGGGGGGGGACUCCGCAUAUGAAAGGGGUGGAGGAUGCUCGACGGAAAUUUUGAAUUAAACCCUUAAAAGAGACCGAUCUGGGCGUAACUGGGCUUCCGCUAAACUUUUUUCACGACUUAUAACUGGCUAAAUCUGGAAUAAUUUGGCAAACAUUGUCAAAACUGUGCGCGAUACUGGAGAGAAAAAAGGAAAUAUUUUUCUACUACGUCAGCCGUGUGUUUUUAGUUUACUCUAACAGUUCAUAGAUUAUAACGAUGCAAAAUCAUUUUUGUAUAAUAGAGAAAAUAAGUCAUUUACCAAAGGAAGAAAACAAAUUUUUAGCGUUUUUUGAGAGCCAACGUUCGAUAUAGUUUGAGUGAUAUGUAAAGUCUUGUUGAGAUGUCUUUUUUUUUGUUGUGUUUUCAGGUUACUUUAAGGAUGAUCUUUUGUGUCAUUUUGGUGCAAGUAUGAUCAGUGGUUUAGCGACAACUCUGGCAUCUAUGCCUGUAGAUAUUGCUAAAACUAGGUAUGUACAUUGACCGACAAGUCGCUUAUAACUUAACAAUAAAAAUUAUUAAAAACUGAAUUAUUGGAUAAUGCAAUUCUAGAACUCCGAUUGGCUUAGCCAUCAUGGUAUAUGAACCAUUAGUAAAUUCCAACUAGUGGUCUAUUAUCAAUGCGACGUUCUGAUUGGUUAAGCUACUACUAGUGCUAUAUUUUAUAGCCCCCUAGUAGCGAAAAGCGCGGGCUUUUUGGCGGCAAAAAAGGAUUGAAGUCUAGCUUUAACUAGCUAAAAAUUUUUUAUUCUCGAUAUUUUUGACCAACUGGUUGGAUUUUACUAAAACAAUUAUUCCUCUCGCCCUCAUGGCCUCUGAGUUAAUAGCCCAUGAGGCCGCUAUUGACUCAGAACCCAUUCGGGCUCGAGGAAUAAUUGUUGAUUAUACCAUGCUUUCCAAAUAUGGUAACUGUACGCGUCUGCUCAAAAUUAAGAACAAGAUGAAAAUUGGUUGUUUUUGCAAAUAAAGUCGGGAAGAAUUCUUGAUAUUUUGUGGGCGUUUUUAAUGAAACAAUUAUUCCACUCGCGCUUGUUGGAUACGAGAUGAUUAUAGCCAACGAGGCGCGUAGACUCUCUACCAUCUCAUAUCCAACGCGCACUCGUGGAAUAUUUGUUAAUUCUACGUUCAGUCAUAAUUUUUUUUUGAAAGGCAAAAACAUCUUUUUUAUAAGACGUGCAGUGAACUGAAAGUUAAAGAGACCUAUUCGGAGCCCCUAAAUCCUGCGUUUUAAAGACUGGGUCAAUUUUGAGGUAAUAUGAUGUACCUCAACAGUUACUUAUAUGGUUUUUUAGUUUUAUUUAUACCUUAUCUAGUGAAUACAAGUCGGUAAAGUUACCCAAGCGAAGCAAAUAUCGCUUGCUUUCUGCGUCUAAAUGUUGCUAGAAAUAGAUGAAAGAAUAAGCAAUGAAAACUAAGUACGAUGUCAUAAAAAAUUUCAUUUUUCAUAGACUGGUAUGUGCACAGUGACCAAAUAAGCCGAUGCUCUGCUAGCAGUGUGCGGUUUGUUCUGUAAUGUAAAGAGAACUAUAUCGCCCUGCAAGCAAAGCCUUAUUUUGUCUUCCUGACGCCAAAAUCGAGGAAGUGAAGGAAAGUCUUUGCUCGCACGUGGAUCUGUAUUAGCAUGAACUGUUUUCUCUUUCUCUUAUUAGGAUUCAGAAUAUGAAGAUUAUUGACGGAAAACCCGAAUAUCGAGGAGCAGUGGUAAGAUUUAAUUUACAGGUCAUAUUCACCAUGGUUAUUAUGGUUACUUCUUGUUUUGCGUGGUACAUAUCACAACCUAUGUGAUUUUCGGCGUCUUAAUGAUCCGCGUUUUCGUUUUCAGUGAGCUGAAGUUGUUUCGUUUUCAGCCUGAAGUGGUUUAUUUCUUUGUUGACAAGAAAAAGAUUGUUCUAUGAACAUUGAAAAAUAACGCCACGUAGGGCGGAGCCAAUUGAUGAAGAAAAAAAAUUGUGCAGUUUAAAUUAUGAGCAGGGGAGGGAGAUUUUUUCAAUUAAGAAGUUAUGAACGACGUGGAAAUCAUAAUUCACCUUUAAAUUCAUUUUAAUACGUGUAUGUGUCAAGCGGCGAAGUAAAAGAAACAAAGUAAAAUCGAACUCUUCAGCUAACUAUUUUUAAAGACGCCAACGUGUAACUUAAAUUUAUCUUUAAAUUUUUAUUUUAACUAAGGAAACAGCUUUCAUUUAUUUCGUUCUGCGCAAUAUUAUACAACCUGGAGUGGGUCAUCUUUUUAAUGAUUGAUUUUUCUGGAACCAAAACUUCUCCGCUAACAAAUUCAUCAUAAAAUGCUUGUAUUGGCUAUUUAUCGGUUGAUAUUUAAGCAACAGAAAACGUUUUCCGUGUUUGCAUAGCCUGAUAUAAACACGAGAGGGGUUGGGAGAAUUCGAGACAGUUAUGCAAACCCGAGACGAAGUCGAAGGUUUGCAUAUCUAUCGAGAGUACUGCUUUUAUAAAAGAAGAUUCCCGAGAAAAAAGGCAAAACUCUUUGUAUUGUACUGAUUAAACGAGAAAUUCUUACCAGUCGCAAAGUCUUAUCCACGAAGUCUUGCACGCGUAAUCGGUUCUUGCUUUGCAAAACGAUGCUUUUCAAAAUACGGACUUUUCUCGCUUAAAAUGUCAGUUUAAACGAAAAAAAAAUUGACACACUUUCUUUGUAACGAUUUUCCAAGUUUCAGACGACGAAGGAAUGGGUAAAUAAAGUAAACUUGUCGAGUUUUGAACAAAUUUGUGCUUGCGUGAUUAGCGCGCGAAAAGCAAAACAUCUUGACGCCACAACCAUGUUUACAUACUCUCAUGCAAACACUCCUCUCAGCCAAUCAGAGCGCCCGUACUAUCUUAGGUAUUUUAUAAUCUGUCGUAUUGUACGAUGGGACUCUUUUGGGACGCUUAGCCUGCGUAGCAAGCGUUUCCGUGCGGUUGCGGAGCAAAGAACUAGGAACGAGAGUCAAAGCCCGUGCGAAAAAUGGCGUGAGUAAAAGAGCGGGAAGGGGUUGGGGCAAGCUUUGGAAAGCUAGUAGCCUGCACAGCAACUGUUAUUGGGUGCGCUCGGGUAGGCUAUGGGAAAAGAGCGCGAAGCACAAAGCGCAAGACACGCGGGAUGAGGGAAAAAAUGCCUUCCUCUCGCGUGUCUUGCGCUUCGCGUCCGAGCUCUAAAACUCACCUGCAACGAGCGCCCCCAAUGUAGACUAAUAACAGCUGGGCCCGGUUGUUCGAAGGCCGAUUAGCGCAAACCCGGGGUUAAAUUUAAAUUCGGGUUACUUUAUCUUUUUUUGAAAAGCAUCUUCUCGGACAAUUUUCUCUAUUCUUUUUAGUUCGUCCAGUUACCAAACUGUGGACAAAAAGAAUUAAACUGAAUUUACAUUUUAAGGUUAACAGCUUAGUGAGAAACUUCAAAAACUUCAAAAUCGUGCUAUCAGAGUUAUCGCUAAAUCUAGCUACGAUACGGGCUCCAGAUAUCUUCUAACUCGCUUGGUUGGGACAAUUUAUCGUUUAGAAGGGCUAAACAAAAGGCUAAUUUAAUAAACAAGUGCAUUAAUAAUCUCGCCUCAGCUUAUCUCUGUAAUUUGUUUGCCCCAAGAACACCGAAUUACUAUUUUCGCAAAGCCAAGAAAAAAUUAAUGUUCCCAAAUCAAGAACUGAUCACCUGAAGCGUAGCUUUAGUCACAUUGGCGCUCUUCUAUGGAACAAUCUCCCUGAGGAAAUACGUACAUCAAAUUCCUUAGGUCCCAUAGAUAAGUUUCCAUAGAUGGUUUUCUGAUCAGUACUCCCACACGGAAGUUAUGGAAAAAUAUAUCUGAAUUCAAAUUUCACACUAACCCUGGGUUUACCGUAACCUAGCUUUGAACAACCCGGCCCUGUUACACAGGCUAGCACGCUAGCGAUUCUUUUAUUAGCUAGAAUGAGUAUGAAUACUAAAUUCGGGGACCCAGUCGCAAGUUACAACCUCAAAAUAGCCUAUUUGCGGGCGACAAGAGGAGCCCGCAAUUCUAACCUAGCGCUAACCCGGAGUUAAAUUUUAACCCGGGUGUCUUUUUCUUUUUAUCAAAAGCACUCUCGGAUAAUUUUUAGAGUAUCCAAUCAACAAAUUGUAGGCAAAGUGAGUUAAACUGAAUUUGCUUUUUAAGCUCUCAUAUCUGAGGUCAAAUUUCGCGCUAACCAUGGGUUAUCUUAACCCAGCUUUAAACAACCCGGCCCAGGUUGUUAUUAGGCAUGUAUGUAGCCAGCAUUCGUUUGAACUUCCACUAAGAAUAAAUUGAAUGCGCUGAACGCAAUAUGAUCACGCGCGUUUGGACCUUCUAGCACUCAUAAUCUGAUCACGCUUGUUUUGACCAUCUGUCAGGUGAAACUUACGCAAAGCACAGCGCUGGAGCAAAAGCGUGUUGACCUUCGAUCGUUGUCGGCCGCACUCCGUAACCUUUGGUUAUUACUAGUUAUACAAAGAAUAGUUUGUCUGUUCCUUCGAAAAGAAAGUCAAACAAACACACAAAAUGACCCGUAUUUACGGAAGUUUUCUUCUUCCCCGGAACCUCUACCACCUUUUCAAGUCGUAACAGUAAGAUUGAAGUGGCAUCAGUGGUACGAGUUGUAAAACAAUGCCUACCAUUAUUUGUGCGAUUGGUUCUAGUAGUGAAUGUGAUACGCUUGAUUGAAAUAAAUUGAAGUUCAUCACUUGGUAGCCUCCCACGCAGACGUGACAUUCUUUUGGUUCGUCACGCAAUCCUCGCACGGGUGACGAAGCCCUAAGAACGCCUGCGUGGAAGGCUGAUCAGUUGGCUGCAGCAUCUCAUUAGUGUAGAGAGGGGGCCUUUCAUGUGGUACGACUUACACGAGUGGUAGCCUGCCAGCAAACUCUCCAUUUGGGGGAGUCGCGAUAAGUCACGUGAGAGCAGCACGCGAAAGGAGAGGCGAGUGCGGAAGGGCCCUCGCGGCUUUGCCGCUCGUUCGCGCGUUCUUCGUGGCUUGCUUCGCUCGCCUUACACGGAGAGCUUGCUAGCAGGCUGCACGAGUUGUAUAAUUAACAUCUCGCAAGUGCACAGAAGGGGCCUUAAUUUCACUAAGAUUGAUCAAAUUCACCGUCUCUCGCGACUUGUACCACUGGCACAAGUUGCAGCACUCGAAUCACGACUUACACGACUUGAACAAGCGGUUGGUAUUGGACAGAGGGGAGGGGAGGGUGGGGUACUCCCUCAUGACUUAAUCACGGUUUGUGUCCCUUUUUGUUUCCAGGACGUGUUUCUAAGAGUGAUUCGUCAGGAAGGGGUGUUUGCAUUAUGGAAAGGCUUCACACCUUACUAUUUUCGCAUUGGGCCACACACCGUUCUCACAUUUGUAUUCCUUGAACAAUUUCAAAGGCUGGCUAGACAACACUUUGGCGCUACUUCCACUCUUUAG